AUGGACGCUUCUCGUCGACCUGACCUCAAGCGGAAGCUCGUUGUCGUAGGCGACGGCGGCUGUGGAAAGACGUGUCUACUCAUUGUUUACGCGGAGAACCGCUUUCCUGAGGCGUAUAUUCCGACAGUGUUCGAGAACUACGUAACCCAGGUCCAAUUUGAAGGAAAAGACAUCGAACUCGCGCUCUGGGACACGGCUGGUCAGGAAGAAUACGAUCGUCUACGACCCCUCAGUUAUCCGGAGAGCGACGUGAUCCUCAUCGUAUUCUCCAUUGAUUUCCCCACUAGCUUGGCUAAUGUUCAGGAUAAAUGGUACCCUGAAGUGGCCCACUUCUGCGAAGGCACACCCCUCAUUCUUGUAGGCACCAAGACAGACUUGCGGAGAGAUGAACAUACACGACGGAUGCUCGGAGCACAGGGGCAGGCCCCGGUGACGCCAGAGCAGGGUGCGGAAGUGGCGAAGGAGAUCGGAGCCAAAUAUGUCGAAUGUUCAGCGAAACUGGGCAGCGGUGUACACGAUGUCUUCAAUCUAGCGUUACGGGAGAGUCUCAAGGGCAGAUGGGGCAAGAGCGUUAUAAAGAAACGGUGUGUUAUCAUCUGA